AUGUCAACUGGUUUUACUUGCAAACAUGUUUUCUUGUCUUUUGAAGAUCUAAAAGCAAAUAUUAAAAAAUAUGAAGAUGCUAAUUUUGUGCAAUUGUGGAUGAGAGACGCCAAGAUAAUUAAUGCUGCUAGAAAAAGCAUUCCAAAGAGAGCUAGUAUUAUGGCUCCACAAAUUAAAUACUCUUUUAUAAAGUACUGCUGCAUUCAUGGUGGACAAAAAUUUAAAUAUAAAGGUUUUGGAAAACGUCAAACUUCGACAUAUAAAAAAGAUUGCCCUUUCUACCUACACUUUAAGGCAUCGGAGGAUGGACAAGCAUUAAUCUUGCAAGAAUUGAACAAUACACAUAAUCACGAAGUAUCUGAAAUUUUCUAUAAACACUUACCUAAUCAAAGAAGACUACCUGAUUAUGCUAUUGCUAAAGCAGAAACCUUGUUAGGUUUGAAAGCUAACAAAAAAUUACUUCAACGAGAAUUGUUAAAUGAGACUGGGAAAAUGAUAACGCUCCGAGAUUUAUCAAAUAUUGCUGCUUCUGCACACAAAAGUGACACCCGAAAUGAUUUAACAGCCUUUAUUACAACUUUAAAGGAAAAAUAUAAUGCUAAUGUUGAAGUUUUGACAGAUGCAGACAAUAAUUUGCAAGGGCUUUUUUUUCAAGAUUUUUUUAUGCACAGUGCCUACAACGCAUAUCCUGAGUUUUUAUGCAUGGAUGCGACAUAUAAAUUGUUAGAAAUUCGACUGCCUGUUUAUAUUCUGCUAUGCGAAGAUGGAGCUGGUGAAAGUGAAAUAGCUGCUGUAGGUUUGCUCACGCAUGAAGAUGCUGCGUCUCUUAGUUGGUUUGUUGAAAGAUUUAAGAGUUUCAAUAUUGCUUGGCCAAAGACAAAUGUCUUCAUGACAGACAAAGACUUAACAGAAAGAGAGAUUUUAUGUAGUGCUUUUCCUGGGGUUUCUCUAUUACUCUGCUUAUUUCACACCAUGAGAACUUUCAAUCGUGAGAUUACAACUUCCAAACUUGGGAUAACAAGCGGUGAACGGACUUCAUCUUUAGAACUUAUUCAGAAAUUGGCUUACGCUACAUCAGAAGAAGUUUAUGAUGAACUAUAUAGAUUAUUUAUUUCAUCUUCUCCAACUACUGUUGUAGAUUAUUUUAACAAGAACUGGCAUAAUAUUCGUGUUGAUUGGGUUUUUGGUUUAAAUUUUGCUAGUGGAAAUUUCAUGAACAGCACCAACAACCGCCUUGAAAAUUUCAAUGGCAAAUUAAAAGAAGUGAUUGACUGCAACAGUUCCUUAGAAAAUUUCCUGGAUAAAUUUUAUGUUGUUCUAGCAUCAAUGCGUAACGAGAGAGAUCAUAAGACUAUUUUUCAAAUGCAAAAAGUUCUGGUUGACAUGUUUGAUCCCAACUCAGCAGAGGCAGCAUAUAAGAAAGUUCUAACAUUGUAUGCAGCUCAACAUGUUUUAAAGCAAAUGAGCUUGCGUGGAGACAUUAAUUUGUUACAAAGAGAAAAUGAAUACUUUAUGGUAAACACCACUGAAGGUCUGCAUACAGUCACUUGGAAUUUUUGUUCAUGUAUGUUUAGAAAGUCAAUGCACUUACCUUGUAGACAUAUAUUUGCUGCUCGCCAAUUCCUUAGAAUAAAUUUAUUUGAUAUUGACUUAUGUGCUGAACGCUGGACAUUAAAGUACUAUCGGCAGCAUCAACGAGCUUUUAAUAGUCCUAUAAUGGCUGAUGAGUUGAGAUCUGUAGAGUUUCAUGUAGCUCCAAAAAAAAAACUCCUUUCUCAGCAUGAGAAGUUUAAACUUGCUCUACAGGAAACAUCAUUUCUUGCUACCCUUGUUUCUGAAUCCACUGGACAGACUUUUGAACAACGUCUCAGUAUUUUACAAGCUCUAAAAAAAGGUUGGACUGAUGGAAAGGUUAUGUUAGUUAAUGAACUUAUUGAUGUGGACAUUUGUUCAUCAAAAACAGAAAGUACAUUACCUAGUGCAUUAACUAUAGUUACAGAAUCUCCAAUAAAUUCAUUGGGAUGUGUAUCUGGAGUUAAUGGUGUAAACACUUCAGUAGCACCGUUAGUAGUCAGUAAUAAAAAUGUUUUAAGCCCUAAAAAAAAUGUUUCACAAUUAACUACAGAGUAUGCAAUUGAUAACGACAGCAUUUUAUUAGAGGAAGCUAUUAUUUCUGAAAAAACUCAACAUGAAGAGUUAACAUCUGUGAAGAAUUAUGCAGGUGCAAGUUUAAAUUGUUUCUCCUAUUAAAUAUAUCUUUAUUAA